UAUGAAAAUGUAACUAAAACUGGAUGAAGUGGUUGUAUAAAGAAAAAUCAAAUAAUUUCCACAUGCAUUGUUACGUUAUAUCGCACUUACUUAGAAAGGGGCUUAGCAGAGAUUAUUAUAACGGGUAGUCAUCAACAUGGACAGUAUGAAUAACGUACAUAAUGAAGGCGGUAGUUAUUCCUUCAGUGCACAAAAUGUUAGUCCUUGCGUUAAAAAUUCAAACAAAAAAUGGUCUAUAAGCAGGCUGUUUUUAAAAAAAAAAGAAAUCAAUUCAGAUUCUUCAUCACAAGAGGAUGAAGCAGGAUUCAAAUCAAUUCAGAAAAAUAACCGUACUAAAAACAGUAAACAAAAAUCUAAUAUCAAGAAGACAUAUGACAAUAGAAAGUGUAAUGAACUAAGAUUAUUUCAAAAUAGUGAUAUUUCAAUAAUGUCUCUUAACUCUGGGAAAGUAAUUGAUCAGAAUAAUAGUAAAGAACCAGAAUAUGAACUAUUUUUACCAUUUGAAACAUCUCCAAUUGAUGUAAAUGCAGCACAUCUACAUAAGCCGUUGAACCAUCCAGACUUGAGGAAUUCAACAACUUCAUUACCACCAUUAUUUAAUAAGCCAUUAACUAAUUUUUCAUCUAAUGCAUCCCAAAGACAAAGUAGUGAUGGAAACACCAACAUUGGUGCACUAGUUGUAAAUGUUAGCAAUCGUCGUACUCGGAGUGCUCGUAAUGAGCGUUAUUAUAAGCGGCUAUCUCGUGAUUUUGAAAACUCUACGAAAAAAGAUGAGAGGCUGUUUUAUACUUCAGUUACGAAACCAAAAAAAUCUAAAGAAUUUUUUGAUAAUAUUAAUUUUUUACCUGUUGAUAAUACUCGACAAUCUGGACUUAAUGGUAAUUUUGACUCACAGUUUGAAAAUACUUAUGGCUUACAAAACAUCAGUCCGUAUGUAUCUUAUAGCAAACAAACACAAGGUACUAAUCAGUUAUUAAAUCCAAUUGAUACAAAGAGGAGUAUAAGUUGCGAUAGUCAAAUCUGUUCAAAUGUCAUUAAUAAAUGCUUAUCUCUUACACCUCCGACACCACCGCCAAGAGGCACAUCACGACAAAUACAUGUUAGCAAAAGUAUGCAAAUUUUAAACAAUACUCGUUCGCGUCCACAAUCGUAUGCUUUCGAUGAAAAUUCUAGGUUAUGUUCUUCAGAUAUAAAAGAAUAUAAAAACACUUUGAUAAAAAGUGGUAAAAAAUACCAAUCAAGAUCAGCUCACUUGUUAAAUACUAUUCCCAUAAAUUCAGUUGCAAAAAAUUUAGAGCCUGUGGAAACAGUAUCAAAAAGUCGUCGGUUUAUAACUCGUGGCAAUCGAAGUCCACUAAAUCGAAAAAGUUCGCCAACUGUUAAAAUGGCUACAGAUUAUACAUAUGACACUUUACCAGUCAUUGAUGGAACUUGUACUUUAUCACAUAAUACUGUACCUAAUACUAGUAGUAUAUAUUAUAUUGCUGACGCUUUACCUAGAUCUCGGAAACCAAUACAUGUCAAUAAUAUGAUGACAAUAAAUAAUGACAAUUUGAAUAAACAAAUUGCGCAGUUGGUUGAAGUUUCAAAUAUAUCAAAUAUUGCUGAAAAAAUUGUAGAUCAACAUAAUAAUACGAGUGAAAACUAUAAUGAAAAGAAAAAUUUAUUCCCCAACAGCUGUAAUUGUUUUAAAAUAAAAAAUAACACUGUCGAAAACACAAAAUUAAGUCUUAUAAGUGGUAAACAAUGCGAAUGCGGUAAUGUUACGCAUAUUGAACAAGAUAAACAUAGCAAACCUUAUAAAAACCACAAAAACUUGGUUAACUUAAUGACAUCAAAUAUUCAAAAUUCAAACGAUGUUUAUAACGAAAAUCUUUAUGAUCGAUAUGUUGCAGAAAGGCGUGAAAAGCAUAAAAUGCCUAUAUAUGAAACAUAUAUGAGGCCACAUAACAAUGUUAAGGUAUAUAAUAAAUUGCAACAAUCUCAAUUAGAAUCGUCAUCUAAUCUUGAAGAUGCUAUAAAUGAGUUGGAAACUAUAUAUAAAAGUUUAGAUUUUCAAGAAACAUCUAAAACUAGUGAUAAUGAAAGUUUCUUCAAUUUAAAAAAUAAUAAUUUUUGUCAAUAUGAUUCAUAUGAUGAGGAAUCGCCUUCAGGGGAACCAGAUCCAGUGCUUGACGAUGUUGCAUAUCGAAAUAUGAAAAUUGUAAAUAGUAAGACAGUUGAAGUACUUCCAUUUGGUAUCCCCUUAAAACCUAUCGUUCAAGCAUCAAAAACAGAUUACCUAAAUAUUCAUUCUAUUACUAAUAUGAAGAAACGUGAAAUAACGAAUUUACCUGAUAUUGUAAAAGAUGAUUUAGCGGUUCGUACUUUACGCAAAGAUAAUCCCCUUACAAAUCAAAUGUGCAUACCUCCUAAAUGUGAACAGAAAGGAAAUCGUGUUAUACGUACUCAAUCUGCAAAUAAUUUUGCACUCAUUAAACGUGAUGCAGCUAAACCUUCUGGGGGCGAUGUUAAAUUUUACACUGAAGUAACACCAGCUAUCAAACGAUCGGAAAGUGCAGAAAAUAUGUAUAAAUUAAAUGUAACAAAAGAAGAUUGCGAUCUUUUACAUACAUUAUGUAACAUGAAACAUAAAGAUUGUUUAUUAAGUGCAACUGCCAAUGUAACUGUAACUGCGAAACAUAUACAAAUCCCAUUUCACCACCCAAGUCAGAAAGGUGCAAUAUCUGAAUUGCCUAAUAAAUUAUUUUCCUCAAGUGAUAAUCCAAAUAAGACAAUGAUUGCAAAAGAUAAAACUUUAUCUCCACAAUUUCCAGGGACUAAUAAUGGAAAUGAAAAUCUGGAAAAUAGUACCACACUUAGUAAAAAAUUCAAAAAAUUAUGUAAUGAUAAUGAUACUUGCUUUCAUAAUACACAUGAAAAAAGUUUGAUAAAUAGUAAAGAAGAAAUUGAAAAUGUUUCCAGUAAGACAAUAAGUAAUAAUCUCACUCCUACUCCAAGUGAAAUUGUGUCUAAAAAUAUCAUUAAUUUAUUAAAAACAGAUAAGGAAUGUGAGGAUAGAAAAUAUGAUAAAACAUUUUUAGUAGAAAUGUCGAAACCAACUACAAAAUGUGAUUUAGCUGUUCCCAAUUUGUUAAAAAAUUUGGAUCCAAUAAAAUCAGAUAAAAUUGAAGAAAUAUCUAAACGUUGCAUGAUUGAUUUAAUUAAACUUGGGAACGAUGUAGAAGUAGUUGGUAAAAAUAAUGUUAUAAUCGAGCCAGAUAUCGUACGUAUGAAUAGCAUUAGCAUUUUUGAAAAAUGUCAGCAAAAUAUAUCGCCUAACAAACAAAUAGUCGAAAAAGAUUCGCAGCAUAUAUGUCAUAGUAAAAAUAAUAAUGAAAAUGCACUCAAUUCAAGUGUCGGAGCUUCCUCAAUGUCGUCAUCUAGCGAUUGUUUAGUAAAAUCAUCUAGUCUUUCUAUUAAUCUACACCAGUCUUCAAGUAUAACUUCCUUUAAUCCUUAUUCAUCAAGUGAUUAUAUAAAAUCGUCAAGCAGUGAGAAUCCUACCCUUAGCACAGAUGCUAUAAAAACAUUUAGUACUACUUCAUAUGAUGCCAAAUCAUCUAGUACAACGCCAAAUAUAACAACAAAUAGUAAUAUAAGUCAUUCCCCAACACCACCUUUACGUUUUUGUGAAGAUAAAAAUUUGAGUAACUUAUCUGAAGUGUCCAAUGAAGGUUUAUUACUGUCACCGGAAUAUAAUUCAACAGAAGAAUUAACAACCAUAUUUGGAAUUGGACAAUAUUUAAUACGUGAUGUUAAAAGUGAAAAUUCAAAAUUAAAUGAAAAUGAAUCAGGUAAUAUCGAGUGUAUUGAACAUAAUACAUCGAUAAUAAGUGUUUUGCUCGUAACUAAUCAUCUAUUGCUUGAAAAUUCGCUGGUGAUUAAAUGCUUUAAUCACUGUAUUUACUGCUAUUUUUUGAGUGAUCAGCAUGAAACAUAUUUAAAAAUUGGUCAUGUGUCCCAUAUCUGUACUUGUAAUGCUAACAAUGUUAUUGCCAUUGCAUUCCCAAUAAAUACUUAUAAAUUUUUUUAUACGAUGUAUUUAAAAUAUUUACAAUAUGGGUUAAUGGAACCAGAAAUGCUUAUUGAGGCCUUAAUAAAAAUAUAUGAAAGUAACACUGAAAUAUUACAUAAUAGACCUAUUAGUGCUACAACACUACACAAACACUGUACGUUAUUAAUACAGAGUUUAGAGAGUAUUCGAGUACUUUUGAACGUACACUUUGAUAGGUUCACAACCGCACACAAAGCGGAAGCGAGGAAAAUCUUUGGAGACCUCCGUGAAAAAGCCAUCAAAGUUACCCUAAAGAAAGGCAUUAAUGUUGAAAUACCCACAACAUUAAAUGAAAAAAUAUCUAUUAAUAUAGAAUUAAAUAUAGACACAGACUCUGAAAAUACAACGGAACACAAAAAUAUAGAAAUGGCACAAGCACAAGUAGAGCUCGACAGAGCAUACAUAAAGGAAACCGCCAUAGCAGUUCCAGAAUUUGACGGGAAAAAACAACACUUGGAAAGAUUCAUUAGAGCAUUACGUUUGAUAGACCGCACCAAAGGUACACAGGAAGACCUUGCUGUGGAAGUUAUAAAAUCAAAGAUAACAGGACCCAUACUGUAUAGGGUGAAAGACGAGGAAACUAUACAGGGAAUAAUAACAAAAUUAUCCCUAUGCGUCAAAGGAGAAUCAAUCGACGUCAUAAAGGCCAAGUUGAUGAAUAUUCAACAACGAGGCAAAACGGCUACUCAAUAUACUGCCGAAAUCAAUAAUCUAUGUCAAGCCCUUGAGGGUGCAUACAUAGAUAAUGGCGUAGAUGCGGACAAUGCAGAAACAUUUAGUCGGAAAGAAGCUAUAUCUUCGAUGACUAAAAAUUGUACUAAUGACAGGUUGAAAACUAUAAUGGAAGCAGGCACAUUCAACUCACUGAAUGAAGCUGUAUCAAAAUAUGUCAACUGCUGUACAGAAAUGCAUGGAAGACCGGACGCAAUUCUAUAUUACUCGCGAAUAAAUAACAGAAACACCUACCGCGGAAAUUACAACCGUCGUAGAGGCCGUGGCAAUAACAGCAAUCAACGAAAUAGCCACAGAAAUAAUAAUCAAGAUAUUCAAUCAUAUGGUAAUGAAUAUCAAAACAAUAGAAACCCCCGUAGAGGCAGUACAUUUAAUACCUCACGUGGACAAGGGCGUAAUAACAUACGCGUAAUACAACAAAAUUCGGAAAACUAA